AAUGUAUUUCAUGUUUGAUCUCUAUCACAAAAUACUAAUCCGAGAGUAAAACACAUGCUUUUGUAUUGUGAUUUAAAUUGUUUGUUGCAGGCCUCAAAGAAGAAUAUGUCAGACCUGGAGAGUGGCAUGGUCACUAUAAUCAACGUUUUCUACAAAUACUCCAGUCACAAGUGCAAUCUGAAGAAAGUAGAGCUUAAAGAGCUUAUUAACAAUGAGAUGAGUAAUUUCAUCAUGAAAAUCCAUGAGAAUGAGACUUUGGAUGAGCUCUUUGCGGACCUCGAUCAGAACGGAGACCUGGAGAUUGACUUCAAAGAGUUCAUCAACCUCAUCGCCAUGGUUACCUCAGCAUGCCACGAGCUCUUCAUCCCAAACAACUGUAAUAAUUAG